UGUCAGAUGUUUUUAUUCAUUUGCCUUUUGGACUAAGCAUCUGGAUUUAACUGCAAAUUGUUUAGUCAAUCAUAUAACUAUGCAUUCAGACAUCCGUCCUUACUAUGGUGACUCUUUAUCACCUCUGCGAUCUGUCAAUGCUUCAGGUGUGUGAAACCAGGCCAGUGAUGCCGCUGCAGGCGUUUGUCACCAGCUUUGUCUCUGCCUCCUUAAAAGGGACCUGCCCCUUUAACCGCGUGCCGUGGUCGUACUGCUAAUGCUCGCUCUGGGGGUUUUGUGUAGGACUCCCCCCACCCCCAUCCCAACCCCAGCUGUGGAGCUAUCACACAGCGGAGCGAGGGGAAGCUCCGGACGGCAGCAGGAGCCGCGGCUGUCGCGUCCACCCGCCGCAGAUCGGAGCCCAAGUCUUUGUUAGCAGAUGAGUUGCAGCGCAGGGCGAUGAGAUCUCGCUUGGAUGUUAAUUUCCAACGCGAAGAGCGCUUCAUCCUUCCGGGGCUGUGUGUUUACUUCCUGACGCAGGAUUCUUCGCCGCAGCUGAAGUUUUCUGGAAGACUUAAAAAUGCAGAAAAUGAAUUUUCUUGUAUGUUUAUUUGCUGCUCGGAACGAAUUGUUCCAGGUGGAGACGCAUCAGUAGUGUUUUCUAACUGCUUCCAUCAAAGUUUCUUGCCGUGUUCUGCCCACCUCCCCCAGCUUCAACCCACGCCGCUCAGCAUGUUCUGACAGCCCGCAAGUAAUAGUUAUCUCCAGGCUCCUUCUUCAUCGGGGUUACAGGUAGGGCAACCUGAGCCGACCCGCCUCACUGCUGAUCCCCGCGGAUCAGCUCCGGGAAAGCGGCAGCCUGUGUUGAGCUCAGCGCGCUCCCAUCAUCAUGGAUCCCGCUGGAUGUAAACAUCUACCCGCCUGGGCCAGGUCAUCAUCUGGGCUGUGGAAAACAUAUCUGGGAUUACUGGUGCUGCUUCAUCUGGUGCUUCACGCCGGGGCUUCGUCGGCGCCCUGCGAUAAGAGCUGUUUUUCAGGGAAGUGUGUCAACGGGAGCUGCGUGUGUGACCACGGCUGGGUCGGAGAUCAGUGUCAGCACUGCCAGGGAAGAUUCAAGUUAACGGACCUGUCAGGUUCUCUCUCAGAUGGUCCAGUUAACUAUAAGUACAAGACCAAAUGCACUUGGCUAAUUGAAGGAUACCCUAAUGCAGCGCUCCGGCUGCGCUUCAAUCACUUUGCCACAGAGUGCAGCUGGGACCACAUGUAUGUCUACGACGGCGACUCCAUUUAUGCUCCCUUGAUUGCUGUGUUCAGUGGUUUGGUGGUGCCGGAGGCUAAAGGGAAGGAGUCGGUACCCGAGGUGGUGACGACGUCCGGGUAUGCCCUGCUCCACUUCUUCAGCGACGCUGCGUACAACCUGACUGGUUUCAACAUCGCCUACUCGAUAAACUCCUGUCCCAACAACUGUUCGGGCCACGGCCAUUGCAUCGCGGGGAAUUCAGUGGCGGGCCGCGUGUAUUGCGAAUGUGACGAGUACUGGAAAGGCGAGGCCUGCGCCGUUCCCUACUGUAGGGAUGACUGUGGCAGCCCGGACCACGGCUACUGCGACCUGACCGGAGAAAAGCUCUGCGUCUGCAACGACAGCUGGCAAGGUCCUGACUGCACCAUCUCUGUCCCCUCCAUGGGGGCCUUCUGGAUGCUGCCCAGCAUCAAACCGUCGACUCAGUCCCUGGGCCGGGCCUCCCACCGAGCCCUGGUGCAUUCUGGGUUGAUGUGGGUGGUGGGAGGCUACUCCUUCAACUACUCUAACUACCACAUGAUGCUCAACUACAACCCGGACACCAGCGCGUGGGACGUGGUCCCCGCCAGCAAUGGACCCCUCUACAGAUAUGGACACUCUCUGGCUACCUACCAGGAUUGUAUUUAUAUGUUUGGUGGAAAGUUGGAGACAGGCCCUGCUAGCAUCACAGACGAGUUGUGGUUGUUCAAUGUCUCCACUCGUAGCUGGUUGCCACUAAAACCAGCUUCAGUACCUCUUUACGCCCUGGAGGGCCACACGGCUCACGUGGUGAUCCUGCCCAACGGCGACCCGGUGAUGCUGGUGUUCUUCGGCUACUCGUCCAUCUACAGCUACAUCAACAAAGUUCAGGAGUACAACAUCAGGUCGAACUUGUGGCAGGUUGUGUCUGUCGGAGGUGCCAUGGUUCAGGGAGGUUACGGCCACAGCAGCGUGUAUGACCAGGCCGGUGGCUGUGUGUAUGUCCAUGGGGGAUACAUGGCACUGAGCCACAAUAAAUACGGCCUUGUGGACCACAUGUACCGCUACAGCGUUGCCACCAGAACAUGGUUGAUUCUCAGGGAGAGCGGGUUGCCGCGGUACCUCCACUCGGCAGUGCUGUUGAGUGGCACAAUGCUGGUGUUUGGAGGAAACACUCACAAUGACACAUCUCUAAGCAAUGGAGCCAAGUGCUUUUCUGCUGACUUCUUGGCAUACGAUAUAGCUUGCGAUAAAUGGACAGUCCUUCCUAGACCAGGACUCCACAGAGAUAUCAACCGCUUUGGACACUCUGCUGUGGUCAGCAAUGGCUCCAUGUACGUCUUUGGAGGCUUUUCGGGUCUGCUUCUGAAUGACGUGCUGGCCUAUAACCCUCCAUCCUGCCAAGCCUUCUCGUCCCCAACUCUGUGUUUGGCGGCUGGGCCGGGAGUUCGCUGCCUCUGGGUGAAAAGCAGAUGUCUCCCAUGGGAGUCCAAACAGCACGAUCACAUCGUCCCGGCUUCUUUCUGCCCUGCACAACCCGACAGCACAGACGAACAGUGCAUUCGCUUCUCAGACUGCGCCAGCUGCACAGCCAACACCUGGGGCUGCCAGUGGUGUGAGGACAGGAAGUGCAUCUCCGCCUCGAGCAAUUGCACCGUGCUGACUUUGGAACUGGCCCAGCAGCACGGCGGCGCUCUCUCUCUGUCUCCACCUCCAUCCAUGUUGUCUGAACAUCAGCUCAGCUUGUGGAAGCAUGGCGCGCAAAGGAGGGGACAUUCAGUGAGAGACUCGUCCAGGUGCAAGCGACGGGAGGAGCAGGAGUGUUUCCGACUGGCCAACUGCCGGAGCUGCUCCCUGAACAGUAACUGUCAGUGGGAGGUGCAGCAGCAGGAGUGCCAGGUGCUGCCCGGGCAGCUUUGUGGGGAUGGCUGGUACCACGUCGGGGACGUCUGCCUGAGGAUCAACUCCAGCAGAGAGAGCUACGAUAACGCACAGCACUACUGCAAAAACCUGGGAGGAAAUAUAGCCUCUCUGCUCACAGACAACCAAGUUGGUUUUGUUCUGGAGGAGCUACACAAGUAUGAGCUCGAAAAUCAGAGGUUAUCUCCGUGGGUGGGCCUGCGGAAAAUCAACGUGUCCUAUUGGGGCUGGGAGGACGCGUCCCAAUUCACCAACAGCACUCUUCAGUGGUUGCCAGGGGAGCCCAGUGACUCAGGCUUUUGUGCCUUUUUGGAGAGAACGGAGUCGAUCGGACUUAAAGCCAAUCCCUGCACCGCCACCACUGACGGCCUGAUCUGUGAAAAAGCUGCUGGGAGUCUGCAGAGUCAAAACGCUCGUCCCUGCAAGACACCAUGCGCCCUGCGGACCAGCUGCGCCAACUGCACCAGCCAGGCCAUGGAGUGCAUGUGGUGUGGGAGCACCCAGCGGUGCAUGGACUCCUCGGCGUACGUCAUCUCUUUCCCGUAUGGCCAGUGUAUGGAGUGGCAGACCCAGGAAUGUUCUGCUCAGAACUGUUUGGGUCACAGGACCUGCACCGAGUGCCUGGAGAGAGUCGAGUGUGGCUGGUGUGGCGACCCCAGCAACACCGGCAGAGGCGUGUGCAUGGAAGGUUCCUAUCGUGGGCCCCUGAAGCCUUCAAGCACCAGGUCUGGAUCCAGACUGCGGGACAGGGACAUGGUGGUAGAUCAGAGCCUCUGCUCUUCGGACAGAGGCCACAAUUGGGCCUUUAUCGAGUGUCCAGUGUGUCAAUGUAACGGCCACAGCAGGUGUGUGAACAGCAGUGUGUGUGAGCACUGUGGGAACCUGACAGCAGGGACUCACUGUCAGACCUGCAUCCCUGGUUACUAUGGAGACCCCACCAAUGGAGGGAAGUGUAACGUUUGUAAGUGUAACAACCAUGCCAAUUUGUGCCACGUCAGCUCUGGAAAAUGCUUCUGUACCACCAAGGGCAUCAAGGGAGACCAGUGUCAGCUAUGCGACUCAGAGAACCGAUACCUUGGUAACCCUCUCCGUGGAACCUGCUACUACAACCUGCUGAUCGACUACCAGUUUACUUUCAGCCUGCUUCAGGAGGAUGACCGCCACUACACCGCCAUCAACUUUAUGGCCACACCAGAACAGGCUAACAAAAACCUGGACAUGUCCAUUAACGCCUCCAACAACUUCAACCUAAACAUCACCUGGUCCUUCAGCUCAACAGCUGGUACCAUAUCUGGUGAGGAGAUGUCUGUCAUAGCGAGGACGAACAUCAAGGAGCACAGGGACAGCUUCUCAUGUGAAAAGUUUAACUUCAGGCUUCACCACAACAUCACCUUUUACGUCUACGUGUCCAACUUCAGCUGGCCAAUCAAGAUCCAGAUCGCUUUCUCUCAGCACAACAGCAUCAUGGACCUGGUGCAGUUCUUCGUUACCUUCUUCAGCUGUUUCCUGUCGUUGCUGCUGGUUGCUGCUGUGGUUUGGAAAAUUAAGCAGACCUGUUGGGCUUCCCGGCGUAGAGAGCAGCUGAUGAGAGAACGACAGCAGAUGGCCAGUCGUCCCUUCACUUCGGUUGCCGUGGCGCUGGAGGUGGGCGGCAACCAAGAGGAGCUGCAACAGGGGGUGCCAAAGCUUGUUGCCAUGGAGCCGUGUUGGGGCAGCCGAGCAGGAGUCCUCACUGUGCUGCUGCAUCUCCCAAGACUCCCGUCUGGAAUACCUCCACCUGGACAGUCUGGUAUCGCCAUAGCGAGCGCUCUGGUGGACACAUCUCAGCAGCGAGUCGUGGACUCUAAAGAAAGAGGCCUUGGUCUGAAACACCGCAAACACAUCGUUCACCAUCAGGGGACCUGUGUAUGAAGGUUGUGAGGAGUUGACUCUGGUUGACUUGUAGACUGCCCCUCCAGAAUAUUGAUCAGAAAGGUGAAGAUGGAUGGCAACUCAUGGAUUCUUCCAGCUUAAAGGUCAUUUUCUUGUUUUCCCUGUUUUUAUCACAACUUUUUAUGCAAGAAAAGGCUGUUUUUCAAUCUGUAAACCAAACUAAAUAUCUCAACAGCUCCAAUUAAAUGGUUAAAACCCUCAUGACGUUAUUCAAUGGCAAGCUGUCAGUGUGAGGAGUUUUAACCUUUAUUGUCACUGAAGGACUGCGUUUUGAUCUCUGGAUUGGACAGUUGAAUGAUUAGUGAAACAUUUCUUUUUACCUGCACCAUUUGAACUUGUAGAUUUUGAUAUCUGCUCAGGUCCUCUGUGAUUGGGAGGUUCUGUCUGAAUGCACUGAAAUGCUUCAUUCGUACUUUUAUGCAAACAUGACGACACAUAACCAGACGUUUCAAAAAAACCACUAAUUCACAUGACUAUUUGUUAAUCACUGUGAAGCAACAUAAUCCAACUUUCCUCUUUUUUGUUUGAUUGCAACAUAUCAAAACAUAAACUAUUUAUUAAUUAUGCAAAAUUAAUGUAAAAAAGUUUUGCAGGUUUUACAAAUGCACUUUUUUUUACUUACAACUGAUUUUAUGGAAUUUGUACAGUUUUACCUUUUUUGCUUGAACCCUCUGGCUCUUUAUCAACUUAGUGAAUAAACAUAAAAAUCACAGCA